CGUAGUAACCAUUUUUCUUCUUCCUUCUGCGUAACCUCUCUCACUGCCACAACUCCGCAAGCAAGGCACUCAACUCUCAAAACGGUGCGUUUUCUUGGCUCGGAGUGGUUUCGCUAAAUCUCAGAUCUGGUUCUGGAGAACAUCUCUGCCUGAGUUGUUGGAGUUUGGUACCGGAGAAUGUGAUUUAGUUCCAGGAAUAGUAACUGACUGUAGACUGUGGAGAGAAAUUGGAGUUCGAAAUGGCGACUGAUAAUGAAUUUCAUCAGUCUGAUAUGCUUUCAGACCGUCAACACUCCCAGGAUGUAUCUAUCUCUCAAAUUUUGGAUCAUGGUUCAAUAUCCUUUGGAAGAUUUUCUGUAGAAACACUUGCGUGGGAAAAACGUUCUGUCUUUCGGCACAACAAAUGUCAGGAGGAGCUCGAAAAAUACAAGUCCAAUGGAUUGGUUGCUCAAAAGAAGGCUUACUUUGAAGAAUAUUACAAAAAAAUUAGAGCCCUCAAGGUAUUGCAGGCGGAGCAUCAAGAAACCACUGAACCUGAUCUUUGCCCGGAUGGGAAGAUCAAUGCCUCGCAGUCCGAAAAUGACAAUUGUGAUGACUUAUCUCAAGUGACAAAGUUAGGAAAUGAGACAAUCGCUAACUUGGGAAGCGUAGUGGAUAAACCAGUACAACUAAACUUGAGUGACUGUAAUGACAGUACUAAUAAGGUUACUGUGACGGAAGAAACCAGUAAGACUCUAUCAAUUGAACCGGAACAUGAUAGAAUUGGGGCUUCCUUAUCACCCACUCCAUCGGUCACUAGGAGCUUGAAAUCUUCCCAGCCUGACAGCCCUGUCUCUGACCCUGUCAAGAAUGACGCUAACAAGCCAAAGAAACAUGCAUCUCCUGUAUUAAAGUCUAAGGGUAAUGCUGCUUUUCCACGGAACAAACCAAAAUUGGACUGCAAAGUUACUAGAGCCAGAGAUGAUGUUAAGGCAUCAGAGGAGUCAAAACCACAUCCACCUCAUCAUUCUACUGCCAAAAGAGAUAACAAUCUUCUUCCUAGCAAGUGUAACACUCGUAGCUCAGCCACUGAUAAUAAUUUCAACCAUGUUUCCGCACGUAAACCGCUCACUGAAGUAUGCUCCAGUGCCACUGUUCAUCUUGCAUCAACAAGAAGUAGAUUGGUGUCAUUUUCUCCUAGUCGUAGAAGUCAUCCAAAAAAGGAAACUUCGAAUGGCAAAAAUUUGGUGGAUACAUUACGAACAAAUCCACCAGUUCGUUCACGAUCUGUCCAGAAUCCAUCAGAACAGAAAUCCGUUCCUGGUGGUUUGAAGAACAUAGCUAUAGUGAAACGGAGCUGUACUGGAGUUUCUAGAAAGCCCUUAGACUUGGGUAGUGAGCAGAUGCGACCAAAGGUUGGCCUAUCUGAAAACCAGAGACCAAAAUCAAUGAGCUGUAUUGGAGUUUCUAGAAAGCCUUUAGAUUUGGGCAAUCAACAGAUGCGACCGAAGGUUGGCCCAUCUGAGAGCAAGAGACCAAAAUCAAUGUUCACAAACAAACCUGCCAAAAAUAAAGCGAACCAAAAUUUUGGUGCUGACUAUGAUCGCAAGAAUUGUGGAAAAGAACGAAAGCAAAAAGAGGGAGAUGAGGAAAGUAACACUGCACGCAGAAGAUAUCCAAAGUCUGCCGCAACUGUGGCAUCCAGUACUCGGAAGAAUGUAAAACUUGUGCAUAAGAUUGCAGAAUCAAGUUCUGGGACUCUCCCAUAUACUUGAAAGGAACCAAGGUACAGUUCGAGUUACUGUGUAGACAAGAC